UUUUGUGCUUUUGAGUUUUCCUGGGCAGAGGUGUCUUUUGCAUCCAUCACCACUGAAGCCCACACACAAGGCAAUUUGUUUUUUCCUGCUACUGUGAUCCCUGCAGCGCUGGUGACAUUUGGACUUUAAAGGCAAGAAGCAGAAUUUAAAAGAAAGCCCUCAAAUUGCAGAAAACAUCCCUUUUUGGCUGCAAAGUGACCAGCACUUGGCGUGGAGAUGGGGAACAUGGACGGGAAAUCCGUGGAGGAGCUGAGCACUACCGAGUGCCACCAGUGGUAUAAGAAGUUCAUGACGGAGUGUCCUUCUGGCCAGCUCACCCUGUAUGAGUUCAAACAGUUUUUUGGCUUGAAAAACCUGAGUCCAGCAGCGAACAAAUACGUUGAGCAAAUGUUUGAGACGUUUGACUUUAAUAAGGAUGGCUACAUAGAUUUUAUGGAGUAUGUGGCAGCUCUGAGUCUGGUCCUGAAAGGGAAGGUGGAUCAGAAGCUGCGAUGGUAUUUCAAGCUCUACGAUGUGGACGGGAAUGGCUGCAUUGACCGGGGAGAAUUGCUGAACAUCAUCAAAGCUAUUCGAGCUAUCAACCGGUGCAACGAAACGAUGACGGCUGAGGAAUUCACAAACAUGGUGUUUGACAAAAUUGAUAUCAAUGGAGAUGGCGAGCUCUCCCUGGAAGAGUUCAUGGAGGGCGUGCAAAAGGAUGAAGUGCUGCUCGAGAUCCUCACCCGCAGCCUGGACCUGACACACAUCGUCCAGUUGAUCCAGAACGAUGGGAAGAACCCGCACGAGCCGGAGCAGGAGGCGGAGGCUGCCCAGUAGGCUCCCGGGACACCUUCCCUUCGUCUCUACUUUUACCCCCUCGCAUUAUUAAAACAAAUCGGGUCGUGGUUGUGGGAGCUGGCGAGCUGUCCCAGCGCUAGUGUGACCAGCGACAGACUAUCCCGCUAGCGCAGGGACCGGGAUCUGCUCCGAAGGUGCCGCUCCCCCGGCAGAUGGUUCGGGGGAGCCCGGGGCUCACCGGGCACUGCCCUGGCCCUGCCUGGUGCAGCCACACGAGCCGGCGAGAGGAAAGGCUGCUGUGAAGAGGGGGUGCUGCCAUGGCAGCUCAUCACGCUGGAGGCACACGACCACCCCCAGGACU